AUGGUCCUCCCACGCACCCCCGCACUCCGCACCCUCAUUGCCUCCCAGGCCCGUGCUGGGGCCCGCGCUGCCGGCCGGCACCAGCGGCUGCUGGCCGCUCGCCGCUUCUACGCCAACCAGGGUGGCCAAGGGGCGCCCCAGAAGAAGAGUGAUCUCCCAUGGCUGGUCACCUCAGUCGCCGUCACCGUCCCGGCCGCAAUGUACCUGUACAACUCCGGCCCGUCCGAGACUGAGCAUGGAGUUGGCCCCGAGAGACCGGUGGUGAAGGGGGACGACGGACAUAGGCCUCACAAGGAGCCUGAACCUGCUCCUGCUGCCGAGGUAGAAGAGCAGAAGCCCGAGGAAGAGAAGCCUGCAGAGGAGCAGCCGGCGGAGGAGAAGGAGGAGGCUGCACCACCUGCGAAGGAGGAGGAAGGGGACAACAAGCCGUCUGAACGGGACCCACCGAAGGCGUUCAAGGGCAGUGAAAGCCCCACAGCGAAGUCAGGCGCGAUGUCGUCCAAGCAACACGGCGUGUCAAACACCGAAACCAAGCACCCAUGGCUAGAAACGCCAGGGAAGAGUGAGAAGGCCGAGGGUUUUACCGAAACCGCCAAGCUUCAGGGAACGCUCUCUCCCAAGCGGCCCAAGGAGGAGGAUGAUUAG